AUGUCUGUGCGUGUGCGAUCAGCAGCUGGCGGAGAGUCACGAGUCACAAGUGUACGGAACUCGUGACCUUGACACUAACGCAGAAGGAGUCACGAUCGAGUGGUAGAAAACUUUGAGAAAAGCUGGAGCUGAGAGCAGCCACCGCAAAAGAGCGAGCGCAUGCAGCGAUCGCGACGUUCAAAUCUGCAAACAUUUCCACUCACCACUCUCGACUCAUGACUGUUGUGACUUGAUUGUCAUGCAGCACCCUGCGUACAGUGAGCAUAUAUGAUCCAUGAUCGGCCUUUCGCAGCUGUCGUGUCUUUACUUAGACCUUCUCUAUCCUUCCGAGCCAUAGAUCUCGCCGUUACCAACCUCGUUGUACCUUUCCGAUCGGCGCGCACGCGUGCUGCGUAAGCCACUCACAGACUGUACAGAGAGUCGCGAGGAGAUACGCACAAAUGGUGAGCAUCCUCCCCGCGCUACAGCAGGCACUCUUAUCCAUCGCGAGCCUUGCACUCAUCCACGUCAAUUUCUUGUCCGGCAUCAGCCGCCCAAGCGCAAAGCCAUCAAAGCAGAACCAGCAGAAGCAGAAAAGCCUGGCGUCUCGGAGCAGAUUUCGCCCGUCUCUUCGGCCGUAUCCAGUCCUCCAGCAUCUCCCAAACGAGGCAAGCGCAUCAAAAUGGAAGUUCGCAAUCAGGACCAUCCCAUCUUGUCCUCUUCUGCUUCGACCGAGGUAGCCGGUAGCAAGAGUGGUCAAAGGAGAGCUUACGCUCAUUGGACCGCCCGUGAGUCUGUCCCACUGUCCUACCUCGCCCCUCCUUGCACCUCCAGAGGCGUAGCAGAGCCCAUCAAGUAGAGCAGCCAGACACGAGGAAGCUUCGCUGAUCCAUCAUCUCGUCACCCUUGUCAUUGACGCUUGCUGUGUCUGCGCGGAAGAGGAGGAAGCGGCAGUCUAUCGUGCGCUGUGUGAUUUAGGACUGAAGAAUACCAGUCAGAUCACGGCGGAUGCGGGUUUGACAGGUGUGAGGGAUGUGGGCAUGGUUAGUGCAAGAGCGGCAUGUUGGAUGUACUUGCAAACCCCAAUGAUGGACUUUGAAAGCAUGCCUAAUGAGUCGAGGCUGACCCUCAACAUGCCACCUUGCUUGCUUGCUUGGAUGUUCGACAAAUCAGGUACGCUACAAGAUCAAAGCGCUCAGGAAGAAGUACGAAGGAGCUUGA